AUGCCUGUUCACAGUCCUCAGUGGGCGCCCAGUUUUCCUUUAAAAACUUGUCCCAUCACUCUGGACGUCUCUGAGUUUCAGAAGUCGGUGGGAGUGGAACUUGCUCGUUCUUCACGCUGUUUCACACCUGAGGAUAUUAACAGAGAAGCUCUAGUCUUGGAUACAGCCAUGAGUAUGGACAUGGGCUCAAACUAUGCAGAACUGCCACUUGCUGAUGAAACACACAGUUCUGGGAAUGGACAGAUGGAGGAUGGGGUACUGACCUGCUCAUUGUGUAGACAGAACCUGUAUGGUUCAGGCUCCCGGCUUCUCCCCUGCCAGCACUUGCUCUGUAAGGACUGCUUUCAGGGCUUGAUUCAAGAGUUGGGGCAAAUUGUCAAAGCUCAAGGGGCUGUCUCAGAUGAGCUCAUCUCCUGUCCUGGAUGUAAGCGAGUGUACCUUACCAGGGAUGUAACAGAACAUUUUCCCCUGCAGUGCUUUUCUUCUGGGCCACCUAACAUGGCCAGGAACUGCUCAGAAUGCAAGGAGAAGAGGGCAGCACAUAUCCUCUGUACCUACUGCAACCGUUGGCUGUGCAGUUCCUGCACUGAAGAACAUCGGCAUGGCCCCACCCCAGGGGGCCCUCUCUUUCCCAGGGCCCAGAAGGGAUCUCCAGGAGUGAACAGUGGUUCUGGGGACUUCGCUUUGUACUGCCCUCUGCACACACAGGAGGUGCUAAAGCUGUUCUGUGAGACCUGUGAUGUGCUCACAUGUCAUAGCUGCCUCAUGGUGGAACACAAGGAACACAGGUGCAGACAUCUUGAAGAAGUUUUGCAAAACCAGAGGAUGCUUCUGGAAAGUGUGACUACACAGGUGGCACAUAAGAAAUCUAAUCUACAGACAUCUGCUAAGCAGAUCGAGGACAGGAUUUUUGAAGUGAAACAUCAGCACAGGAAGGUGGAAAACCAGAUCAAAAUGGCCAAAAUGGUUCUAAUGAAUGAGCUGAACAAACAGGCCAAUGGACUCAUAGAGGAGUUGGAGGGCAUUACAAAUGAGAGGAAGCGGAAGCUGGAACAGCAGCUACAGAGCAUCAUGGUUCUCAAUCGUCAGUUUGAACAUGUGCAGAAUUUCAUCAACUGGGCUGUCUGCAGCAAAACCAGCAUCCCUUUCCUUUUCAGCAAAGAGCUGAUUGUGUUUCAGAUGCAGCGAUUGCUGGAAACAAGUUGUAACACAGACCCUGGUUCUCCUUGGAGUAUCAGAUUCACCUGGGAGCCUAACUUCUGGACCAAGCAGCUGGCUUCCCUUGGUUGCAUAACUACAGAAGGUGGACAACUGUCCAGGGCAGAUACUCCAGUUUACGGAGGCUUACAGGGGCCAUCAUCCUUUUAUCAAAGCCACCAGUCCUCAGUAGCUCAGCAGGAGGCGCUCAGCCACCCCUCACACAAGUUCCAGGCCCCAGCACUGUGUUCCUCAACAGUGUGCUGCUCCCACUGCUCCCCGGUCUCCCCCUCUCUCAAAGGUCAGGCACCCCCACCCAACAUACACCCUGCCCACAGCUUUAGGCAGCCCUCUGAGAUUGUGCCCCAGCAGCUGGGGCCACUGCAGUGCUCUUCCUUGCUGCCUAGGGAGAAAGAACUGACCAGCACUCCUCACCCACCAAAGCUUCUGCAGCCUUGGCUGGAAACCCAACCCACUGUGGAGCAGGAGAACACAUCUCAGAGGCUGGGGCAGCAAAUGACUUCCCAGCCUGUGUGCAUCGUGCCUCCGCAGGAUGUUCAGCAGGGAGCCCAUGCACAGCCUACCUUACAGACACCUUCUAUCCAAGUCCAGUUUGGCCACCAUCAGAAGCUAAAGUUUAGCCACUUUCAGCAGCAGCCACAGCAGCAACUUCCACCUCCCCCACCUCCCCCUCCCCCACCCUCACAGCAGUCAGCCCCACCUCCAUCUCAGCACCUGGCUCCCAGUCAGCAUGAAAACCCUCCUGGGCCUGCCUGUUCCCAGAAUGUGGACAUCAUGCACCACAAGUUUGAGCUGGAGGAAAUGCAGAAGGACCUGGAGCUUCUCCUUCAGGCUCAACAACCCAGCCUGCAACUGAGUCAGACCAAAUCUCCUCAGCAUCUUCAGCAAACUAUUGUGGGGCAGAUCAACUACAUUGUGAGGCAACCAGCACCUGUACAGUCCCAGAGCCAGGAGGAUAACCUUCAGGCUACAGAUGAGCCUCCUGCAUCUGAGGGCGCAAAGCCAGCUAUCCCUCUUGACAAGAAUACUGCUGCUUCCUUGUCCCAGACAUCUGGGGAAGAAAGCCCUCUCAGUGUCCCCCCACUGGACAGCACCAUCCAGCACUCUUCGCCAACUGUGGUGAGAAAGCACUCUACCUCAGUGAGCAUCAUGGGCUUUUCCAACACCCUGGAGAUGGAAGUGUCAUCUCCAAGGCUAUCAAGGACCCUGGAGCCCCAAAUCCAGAGCGCGAACAACCUGGCAGCUGGCCCUACCCAGGCAGUGCCAACUCUGCUGAGUGGGCCCCCAACAAGUAGUCAAGGCCAGACCAUGCCGACCCUGACACCUGGCCACCUGCAGACUCCCCCUAGCCUUGUGCGUGGCGCCCAUCAGUCCUUGUCAAACCUGAUAAGUGACACUCCUCAAUCCAUCACAAGCCUGGCCAGUGACCACUCUCAGGCUGGGUCCAGCCUUAUGUCUGGUCACACCCAGACCAUAUCUAGCCUGGCAACUCGUCCUCUGCAGAGCACAUCUCCGGCUUCUGAUAUACAGCCAGAAAGGAAAUCCAGCUCCAGUUCUGGUACUGGCCGAGCUGUUGCCCUAUGCUCUGGGGAUGGGGCAGAUCAUUCCCUGGGAAAUACACUAUGUAAGCUGGAAAAUGAGGAACCCACCCGCUUUGCUGAGUCUCUGAUGCAAGGCUCCACAGUCCCUAAUCUAGAUGCUCCAAAGGAGUUGUCUUUGCCCUCAGAACUGGAGGAGCCCAUUAACUUGUCAGUGAAAAGACCUCCAUUGGCCCCAGUUGUCAGCACAUCCAUGGCUCUGCAGGAGUACCGGAACCCAAAAGAGUAUGAGAAUUUUGAACAAGGAGACCUUGAGUUGGAUACAAAAGAGAAUCAGAGCCUCAGAGCCUUCAACAGUGAACCCAAGAUUCCCUAUGUGCGAUUGGAGCGACUCAAGAUCUGUGCUGCCUCCUCAGGAGAGAUGCCUGUGUUCAAGCUGAAACCACAGAAGAAUGAUCAGGAUGGGAGCUUCCUGCUGAUCAUCGAGUGUGGCACUGAGUCCUCCAGCAUGUCCAUCAAGGUCAGCCAAGACAGUCUGCCUGAUACUAUCCAGGCUCCAAGUCUGGGGGGAAGAAAGGUCACUGUUACUUCUCUGGCUGGGCAGAGAGCACCAGAUGUGGAGAGUGCACCUUCUGAAGAACACAAACUCAUUGCUCGAAAUCCUGGAGUCAAGAAGGGUCCUCCAGCACCCAUAGAGAAUGAGGACUUCUGUGCUGUGUGUCUGAAUGGGGGAGAGUUGCUGUGUUGUGACCACUGUCCUAAAGUGUACCACCUCUCCUGCCACGUGCCGGCCUUGCUCAGCUUUCCAGGGGGGGAAUGGGUAUGUACCUUGUGCCGCAGCCUGACCCAGCCUGAUAUGGAGUACGACUGUGAGAAUGCCCGCUACAACCAGGCCGGGGUGCGCGCACCUCCUGGACUGAGCAUGUAUGACCAACAGAAAUGUGAGAAGCUGGUGCUUUCCCUUUGUUGCAAUAGCCUCAGCCUGCCCUUCCACGAGCCUGUCAGUCCCCUGGCCCGACAUUAUUACCAGAUUAUCAAGAGACCCAUGGAUUUGUCAAUCAUCCGGAGGAAACUGCAGAAGAAGGACCCCGCUCACUACACAACCCCAGAGGAGGUGGUGUCGGAUGUGCGCCUCAUGUUCUGGAACUGUGCUAAGUUCAAUUAUCCUGACUCAGAGGUUGCAGAAGCUGGCCGCUGCCUGGAAGUCUUCUUUGAGGGCUGGUUGAAGGAAAUCUACCCGGACAAACAGUUUGCCCAGCCGAGGCAGGAGGAUUCAGACUCGGAGGAGGUGUCUAGUGAGAGUGGAUGCUCUACUCCCCAGGGUUUCCCGUGGCCCCACUACGUGCAGGAGGGCAUCCAACCCAAGAGGCGGCGGAGACAUAUGGAGAAUGAAAAAACAAAAAGAAUGUCCUUCCGCCUAGCCAACAGCAUCUCCCAGGUGUGA